AUGGUCGCAGUUGCUACGCAAACUUUCCAUGCCACGUUUCGUCCCCCGUCCGCUACACCCACAACGAAGCAACGAGCGGUUACCCCGGUCAUUAUCACACCUGAACGCGAGAAGGCUAUCAUUCAGGCAGCAGAGGCUGCGCUGAGCCCAACCUGCCGCCAAACCUUCGACGCCUUUCUUGUCUUAGACGUAGAGGCGACCUGCUAUCAAGGCUCUGGUUUUGACUUCCCGUCCGAGAUCAUUGAAUGGCCGGUUGUACUGCUCAAGUGGUCCGAUAGGGACCGCAAGGGCUUUGCUAGCAAGCUUGAGAUUGCGGGACAAUUCAGGAGCUUCGUUAAGCCUACCUGGAGGCCUACACUCAGUGGGUUCUGCACACAGCUCACCGGCAUCACCCAGGCUCAAGUGGACCACGCACCCACCUUCCCUCGUGUUCUUUCCCAGUUCUCGACAUUCCUUGCUCAGCAUGGUCUUAUCAAACCGAAGACAGGCGAACGCCUUGUUCGGUUCUGCUGGUGCACAGACGGACCUUUCGACAUCCGUGACUUUGUUGUGAAACAGUGUUUUAUUUCUAAUAUUCGGAUGCCUUACUGGUUGCAAGGCGAUGUAAUGGAUGUCCGUCAAGUAGUCUCCGACUGGUCAAACCCCACACCGCGCGGCCCACACCAGCGCUUCUUACGCCGCCAGUCCCCCAAUAUCACAAUGCAGCUUCGUUUGUUGGAGCUUGCCGAGUUCCAAGGCAGGCAACAUUCCGGCAUAGACGACACGCGUAACAUUGCCCGUAUCGUCAUUGAGCUUGCUCGACGGGGUGUACGUCUGCAGCCUAACACCGCCAUCCGUCCGGACCGUCGCUGGUACUGGAUGGGGCGCUACGGCGAGAUCAUUGAGGACUACUUCCCUCCCGCGCCUACGGUGGUUACGCCUGCCGUGGUGGCGCCAACUCCCGUAGGACCCGCAAUGGCAGUUGCUGCCUCGUGA